GCGAGUGUUACAGUAGAGUUGGGUUUGUCUGUCUGUUUGUCUGUUUGUCUGUUACUCUCAAUCUCACUUCUCGGGUGUCUGUUCGUCACAGAAACGAUACCAUCUACCCAACAGGCGACGAAGAAUGGAGACACAGCAGUCAUAAUAGCUGUAAAGAGACAUGAUCCAGCCACUCUGAGGGAGCUAGUAAGGGCAGAGAGUGACCUCAACCUCCAGAACCAGGAGGGACUCACUCCACUAAUGAUAGCUGCCAGGAGUUGGAGAACUGACAUUACUAACAUUCUACUGGAGGGAGAAAACAUCAACCUGGACAUUCAGGAGAAGGGAACAGGAUGGUCAGCCCUCCAUAUCUCUGCCGAGACAGGAUACUCAGCUACCACAGUAGCACUGCUCAAGGCAGAAGCUAAUGCUCACCUCAAAGACAAGAAUGGAGACACAGCAGUCAUAAUAGCUGUAAAGAGUUGUCAUCCAGCCACUCUGAGGGAGCUAGUGAGGGCAGGGAGUGACCUCAACCUCCAGAACCAGGAGGGACUCACUCCACUAAUGAUAGCUGCCACGAGUUGGAGAACUGACAUUACUAACAUUCUACUGGAGGGAGAAAACAUCAACCUGGACAUUCAGGAGAAGGGAACAGGAUGGUCAGCCCUCCAUUUCUCUGCUGAGACAGGAAACUCAGCUACCACAGUAGCACUGCUCAAGGCAGGAGCUAACCCUCGCCUCAAAGACAAGAAUGGAGACACAGCAGUCAUAAUAGCUGUAAAGAGACAUGAUCCAGUGACUCUGAGGGAGCUAGUAAGGGAAGGUAGUGACCUCAACCUCCAGAACCAGGAGGGGCUCACUCCACUAAUGAUAGCUGCCAGGAGAGGGAUGGCUGACAUUACUAAAAUUUUACUGGAGGGAGAACACAUCAUGGACAUUCAGGAGAAGGGAACAGGAUGGUCAGCUCUCCGUUUCUCUGCUGAGAGAGGAUACUCAGCUACCACAGAAGCACUGCUCAAGGCAGGAGCUAAUGCUCACCUCAAAGACAAGAAUGGAGACACAGCAGUCAUAAUAGCUGUAAAGAGAUGUCAUCCAGCCACUCUGAGGGAGCUAGUGAGGGCAGGGAGUGACCUCAACCUCCAGAACCAGGAGGGACUCACUCCACUAAUGAUAGCUGCCAGGAGUUGGAGAACUGACAUUACUAACAUUCUACUGGAGGGAGAAAACAUCAACCUGGACAUUCAGGAGAAGGGAACAGGACGGUCAGCCUUCCAUUUCUCUGCUGAGACAGGAAACUCAGCUACCACAGUAGCGCUGCUCAAGGCAGGAGCUAAUCCUCGCCUCAAAGACAAGAAUGGAGACACAGCAGUCAUAAUAGCUGUAAAGAGACAUGAUCCAGCCACUCUGAGGGAGCUAGUGAGGGCAGGGAGUGACCUCAACCUCCAGAACCAGGAGGGGCUCACUCCACUAAUGAUAGCUGCCAGGAGAGGGAUGGCUGACAUUACUAAAAUUCUACUGGAGGGAGAAUACAUCAACCUGGACAUUCAGGAGAAGAGAAUUGGACAGUCGGCUCUCCAUUUCUCUGCUGUGAUAGGAGACGCAGCUACCAUAGAAGAACUGCUCUUGGCAGGAGCAAAUCGUCACAUCAAAGACAAGAAUGGGGUAACAGCAACGGAGAUUACUGAACAAAGAGCUCAAUAUGGCCUUGAGUCCGAGACAUUGGCAAUGGGAGAGAUGAUGAGUCAGAGUGCUAUGAGACAACUCAAGUCGGAGAGCAAAGAUAUUGAAGGAGAUGAUACUAGUUCAUCAUGUAAGAUUUUGUAAUCAUCUGUCACCAUAAUUGGCGAGCGGGAGCGAGCCAACCUAUAUAGUCGUUCGUUCGAGCCGAUUUUUUUAUUUAUCGUCGUUCGUACGUCGUGUAAGUGCGCAUGCGCGACUUUGUUGCAUAUACGCGCUUCCAAAUGUUUACACAUACAUACGCACACCGCGGUGCCUCGCGAUAUGCCCCGAUCGAUCUAGACUACUAUAUAGCCAGCGAGAGAACUCUCCUCCAUUCGACGGCAUGCACUGCAACCUUCGGUGACUGACCGAGGCUGUAGCUCUUCCCAAUCUUCACGGUUCGAAGG